GUCAACCCCGCCGGUCACAGAACUCCGGGUGACACCUGCUAUUCUGUCAAAUGAGAUCUCAGUUGUUUCUCGGUGCCUCUCGCCUCGGUCGUCUUUUAUCGAGAGGGACGAAGGUCCACGGACAAGAGUGGCAGCAGACAUGUCGUACUGCAAGCAGGAAGGUAAGGACCGGAUCAUCUUCGUGACCAAAGAAGACCACGAGACUCCCAGCAAUGCCGAGCUCAUAGCAGAUGACCCUGAUGACCCUUAUGAGGAGCAGGGCCUGAUUCUGCCCAAUGGAGAAAUCAACUGGAACUGCCCCUGCCUGGGCGGCAUGGCCAGCGGGCCCUGCGGCUCUCAGUUCAAGGAGGCCUUUUCAUGCUUCCACUACAGCCAGGAGGAGGUGAAAGGCUCCGAGUGCCUCGAGCAGUUCCGCAGCAUGCAGGAGUGCAUGCAGAGGUACCCCGACCUCUAUCCGCAGGAGGAAGACAAAGAAAACCCUCCCCCAGCUGAAUCGGGCGGUUCUCCUGCUGCCGACGGCUCUGCCUUAUUGUCUGAGAAUGACUCUUCUUCAGUAGCUUCACCAGACAGCGUGUCGGCUGCGGACGGCUAGCUAGAGCCAGUCAGACCAUCACAGAGUGACUCUUCUUGAGCAAAAUGUCUUUAAAGGUUUUUCGUGGAACAACAGCAGAGGACUGUAUAUGUUUUCUAUAAAAGUGAUUUGUCUUCUAACCUCUAAAUGAUGAAAGGUUACCCUCAUGUUGUUAGCAGGGACUUGAGCUGUUGGACUUGUAUUACAUGAUAUGCAACAGCAGUUUAUAUCGCUGCUUCUUGUGAAUGACAGAAGAGCCUUUUUCAGUGUCAGUCUGUUAAUGUAAGCUAAAGAAAAUUAGUUAAAAUCCAAACUGACAUUAGUUUAAGCUAUAAUAGCUUGAUUUUUUUUCUCAAGAUAUUAUUGAUGUGUAAUAUCAAUUCCCUUUUUAUCACUUGAGACCAAAACAGAGGGAAAAAUGAAAGAAACGUGUUCUGUUUGUCACUGUGCUCUUUGUCCAGUAGAAAUCUCCACACAACAAAUUAAUGUUGUCAUUGAUGUUCUUGCUGUCAAAACAAGCAAAAAAAAAGUCGUAAAGUGGUUGUUGAAGUCGCCAUCAAGUUUUCAGGGUGUCUCUGUUUGUAGCAAAAAAGAUUCUGUCUUAAACUGGUCAACUAGUUAUCUUUUUUUCUCUGAUCUGCUGUUCUGUUGAAGACGAGGAACAAUAUCCUUACGUUUUAUGGAAUAAAUAUGUUUUUAUUGGCCGACAAGAGAAAGCUGACAAAUAAAUGAAAGGUGUGGAUUGAAUGAGAUCUGAAGACCUAACUUUUGCGCCAGGAGCCCAUAAACAAAUUCAUAAACAAAGAAAAAUAAACUUUUCAAGUUUA